CGGGACAGCAGGACCAUGGCGACGCUGUUCGACCUCCCAGACUUGGUGCUCUUGGAGAUCUUCUCUUACCUCCCGGUCCGGGACCGGAUCCGCAUCUCCAGGGUCUGUCACCGCUGGAAGAGGCUGGUGGACGAUCGGUGGUUGUGGCGACAUGUCGACCUGACGCUCUACACGAUGCGUCCGAAAGUCAUGUGGCACCUUCUGCGCCGGUACAUGGCGUCCCGGCUCUACUCGCUGCGCUUGGGCGGCUACCUGUUCUCUGGCUCUCAGGCCCCACAGCUGUCCCCUGCCUUGAUGCGGGCCCUGGGCCAGAAGUGCCCCAACCUGAAGCGCCUGUGCCUGCACGUGGCUGACCUGAGCAUGGUGCCCAUCACCAGCCUGCCCAGCACGCUGAGGACCCUGGAGCUGCAUAGCUGCGAGGUCUCGAUGAUCUGGCUGCAGAAGGAGCAGGACCCCACGGUGCUGCCGCUGCUGGAGUGCAUCGUGCUGGACCGAGUGCCAGCCUUCCGUGACGAGCACCUGCAGGGCCUCACCCGCUUCCGAGCCCUGCGCUCGCUGGUGCUGGGUGGCACCUACCGGGUCACCGAGACCGGGCUGGAUGCCAGCCUGCAGGAGCUCAGCUAUCUGCAGAGGCUAGAGGUACUGGGCUGUACCCUGUCAGCCGACAGCACCCUCCUGGCCAUCAGCCGCCACCUCCGAGAUGUGCGUAAGAUUCGGCUGACCGUUGGGGGCCUCUCAGCCCAAGGCCUGGUUUUCCUGGAGGGAAUGCCUGCCCUGGAGAGUUUGUGCUUCCAGGGUCCCCUCAUCACUCCAGAAAUGCCCACACCCGCUCAGAUUGUGUCCUCCUGCCUCACCAUGCCUAAACUCAGAGUGCUUGAGGUGCAAGGGCUGGGCUGGGAGGGGCAGGAGGCAGAGAAGGUUCUGUGCAAGGGCCUGCCCCACUGCAUGGUGAUUGUCAGGGCCUGUCCCAAAGAAUCCAUGGAUUGGUGGAUGUGAAGGUGUCACCUAUCCAUCCCUGGGACCUAUCCUAGCUUUUAAAGUUGACCUUCUAAGCAGCAGACUGAAGCAUGUAAAUUAAUCAGGCUUGAGGAAGCUGGAGGUCACAAGGAAAAGAAGCCAGGACCUUUGGGCCUGCAAGCUGGGGUUGUCUGUCAUCUAGAUGACCUCAGCCUUGUCACCCAGCCUCUGGGAGGCCCAGUUCACAUGUUUAGGAAUAGGCAUCAUAGCUACCUCAUGAUUCAUUUGCAAAUCUUUACACACACACACACACCCCUUUUUCCCAGUACUUGUGGAUCAAACCCAUGUUUGGCCAGCACUGCUGUGCUCCUGAGCUACACUGGAGCCCUGGAAAGCCUUAGUUUCUAAUAGACCCCAGAAGAGGGGUCAUUUUCAGGGUGCAGGUGGACAGAGUUCAGGCUCUGAGGUCUGCCUGGUGUCUGCUUGUAUGCUUGGGAGAUAAGCUAUUGGAUUGUCCUAGUGUUCUAAAAAUCUCUCAAUUGUAUUUUCUGUAUUUUGUAUCCUGCCUUUUUCAAGUUUUCUACAGCAUAUAAUAUUUUACUAUUAAAGAAAAAUAAUGGUUUUUCAAA